AUGCCUAAACCGCAGCGCGGUCGUACAUCCUCUCAAGACUUUGCAUUUCAAAGCACUGACCAAGCCUUUACCCAACCGUUCCGUGGAGCAGAGGGAGCUCCAGCCCCAGCUCUCCGGCAAGCCUUCGCACAGCAACCACACCAACGGUAUGAGACGCACCCAGCUACAAAUGGUUCAAUUGCGCCGACAACGUCCAUUCGAAGCUCCGCGCUGGAUCAGUCACUAAGAUACUCGGAUUUUGGCGCUCCGCAGGGCUCUGCGCCGCACCUAGGAGCUUCCAUCCCGCUUCCUCGUGGCUACGGCUUCAGUCCUGGGGGGCCAUUGGGAUGGGAUUGGGGAAACACUAUUGACUUCGCCGGCUAUACUCCCCAUUACGAACCUCAAGGCGAGCUUGUCCAAGAGCUUCAGACCCAGCAAGCGCCAAAGGACGACUUCAGCAUCCCGCUGCUAGUCACCACUAUCGACACGGCGCGCCAGUCUCCGCCACAGCCCUUCUCUGCGCAGAAUCCACUGCCACCACCCCCGAGACCGACCAAGCGACUUUCCUUCCAGGCGGGCAUGAAGAGGAAGGCCGACUCGGAGCCUAAUUCUGGCAUACAAGCUACGAAUGGGCCGUUCGAAGAGAAUCCCGCCAAGCGACAGAACAAGUCGCGAGCCUCAUCCAUUACCUCCGCAGCCUCUCCAGUCGUGGCAACUGCCACUGCGCCCGGUUCGUGCGGUCCUGCGUCUUUGUCCGCAUCCAUGACCGCACCGGCGAUCCUCGAAAGUACCGCCCAGCUGAACAAUGAGGCCCAGUCGCGCAAAGAGCCAAGCAAGGGCACGGGACCACAGGGUCGCGUUAUCGAUGUCUCGACACCUCGGCGCAUCGCAGAGUCGCGUAUAGCAGUGGACACCCUGCCCUCGGGUAAGGUAUUCCCCAUUCAGAUUGGUUCGGAGCUUUUUAGGCUCUCUGGAGCAUCUAUUUCAUCGGAUGCACCCAGUUAUUUCUCGCAUUUCUUUGGCGAGCAGAUCCACAGCAAUCAAGGUCGCGCUGAUGACAUAAGGACGUUGUACAUUGAUCGCGACCCUGAUACAUUUCGAGACAUUGCCCUGCAUUUGCAAGGGUACCACAUUAGCCCUCGCAAUGGCGAGCAUUUUGUGCGUUUGUUCGCUGAUGCGCAAUUCUACUCCUUGCCUCGCCUGACAAAACAGCUUUUUAGCACCGACAUCUUCAUUCGCAUAGGCGGCGUUCCAUUCCAGAUUCCGCGUGACCUGUUCUCAUCGCCUGGUGACAGCCCCAAUUACUUCUCCCUCGGCUUUGCGCAAUUCUUCUCCACGCCAACGGAAGUCUUUCCUGGGCUUGAUCGCAACGCGCUGCUACGACCGCCAUCCAUUUCCCCACCUUCGGUGCCAAAUCGGAGUGGAGAGACGUUUGGAGAAUUAGUCAGAAUGCUUCAAGGCUAUCCUGUGGACAUCCGCAAUGAUGUGCAUAGGUCGCAGCUUCUGAGAGAUGCGCGGUACUUCCAUCUGCGAGGGCUGGAACAGAGGCUCAUACCCUGCGAAACGUCCUACAAUCUCCGAAGAGGUCAAUCCGAGAUCUUGAUCAGGCUCGAUGACAUACGGCAAUCUGGAGUUUCAUUCACACCAGAUACGCCUGCGAGCGAUCCAGAUUCCGAUUCUGCGUCGAACGCUCCAUCACAACUAGGCAUAUCGCCUGCUCCAUCGAGCAAGCCCACAAGCCCGUCGCCCUCGCUCGGCAGCUCUCAUUUCAGAGCCGGCACAGUUUCUUACGCGCGGCCGUACACGGACGAUCACGCCAGUACCAACAUCCUCAUUCUCGAAUUGUCAUCCAACGAAUCCACCACGCUGCACCUCCCUAUGGAGCCUCCGAGGGCGACAUUUUCCAUGGAGCCACUCACCCUCAACUUGAGAGCUACCUUCCACGGAACCGUACUCGCACGCAUCACAUCGCUAUUCUCGGUGAUAGCGUCGAAAAUGGGACUGCCAGCGACGCAGCCGCUCGGUCUCAUGAUGAUGCAGUCUGGUGGCGGUGUGGCCGCACAGCCCGUCUCACCCGCCAAUUCAGGUGUGAGCGAGCGCCGAGUGCGUGUGCGCAUAGACCCAGAUUGCUAUCUCGAAAUCGACAAUACGCCUGCCGAGCUAGCGUUUGAUGCGGAAACAGGUCGCAUGGGCAUCCGGCGCAGCGAUGGUGAGCAUCGCUCGAAGCGGAGCAAGGUGUCUGAAGGCUCCAGUAGCAGUGAGUGGAUCUGGGGCGGAGCACGGGAUAGCGCCAUCAUCGAUGACGAUGGAGAGGAGUUGGAAGAGACCAUUGUAGUCAAAAGAGCACAUUGGAGGAUACGUGUGGAGAACGUGAACGGGGAAGCAGCGAAGAUGUUGGUUGUGCUUUGCGGGGUCAGGAUUGAGGGGUACAGUGGAGAGAGGGGACGGAACCAGGAGCGCGGGUUCUUGGGGAGUUGA